AGUGCGCCGGAUCUUGACCGCGUGUGUGUGUGUUCUUUAUUACUCCUGAGAGAUUUUGUUCUUUCAGUUUUCUUGUCCUUAUUUUCCACAUUUUGUAUAUAGUUUCUUUAUUUUCCUCCAUAUCACUUGCAUUAAACAACCAUUCCCCCAUUAUUUUCAGUUUAUCUUCUACGUAUGGUUGUUGUAACUUCUUGUUGUUUCUUCUAAUAUCCUGGUAAGCAGUACAGUGUAGAAGGAAAUGUUCUAGGUUUUCAUCUUCUUCAAGGUUGAAAACUCUACACUUAGUGUCUUGGUGUCUUUUCCGGUCAUAAAGUGGUAAACAGUUUGUUCUGGCCCUGCUGUACCAUGCAGAUGAUGGAGGAUGGUCUGUUAUCGUAACAUUGUUCUUCUUUAAUAGUUUCUUUGUAUCUUUUGUAUAUUUCCAGUGUGGAUUUCGCUUCUACCUCCUGUUUCCAUUGGUCAGUGUCCAAGUUUUUUAUCUUUUCUUUCACUUGUUCUUUGUUUUCUAUAUUUAGUUGUUGGAGAUAUAUGUUAACUUCAUUCAUGUACAGGGUUGUCUUGAUCCAGCCAUGCAGUGUUUCUAUAUCUUAUCUGUUCUUCCAUGAUCCUUUUCAGUAGUUCGUUCUCUCCAUUAAUUGUUCUUUUUAAGUACAUGCACUCUUCCAUUUACCAUCCUUUCUUUCAUCCUGGAAGAACCAAUUUCUCCUCUAAGAGCGCAGUUUGGGGCGUACUUUGGGGCACCAAGGAUUUUUCUAUAUACUCCAUUUUCUAUUGUUUGUAGUUUAUGGAUUUCAGUAUCUGUAAGGUUGAUGAUGUUCAUUCCAUAUAGUAUUGUAGGAAGGGCCACAUUUUUCCAGUAAGUUCUUCCAAUAAGUAUUUUAUUGCAGCUUUUUUCUAUGACAGAGUAGAUUAGGUUAGCAAAUCUCUGUGCUUUCUUAGUCAUUUCUAUUUUAUGUGUUUUGAGGUAGUUCCUCUUGUUGUCUAUUUUUAUUCCCAAAUAUUUUAUUGUGUCGGUUACUUUUAUCCCUCCCAUUUCAGCUGGUGUUUCCCUCAUGUUCAUUAUUAUUAUGUUACUUUUGGCCUUAUUUAGUUCCAAGCCAUAAGCUAUACUUGCUUCUGUUAUGAUGUUAAUAUUUUCUUGUGCAUCUUCAAUUAACUGUUCACGAAUGGAGUGACCAACCUAAAGUUUUGAGUCCGUGUGUGCUGUGGUAUUAUUCUUCUAUGUUGGUACAAAGACCGUCAAAAAUGUCGUUCGCGAAGGUAAAUUUUUCACACACGCGUUCGAUACUAAUGUGAAUGGGUAACAUUUUACCGAACAAUAUGACCAUUGGUGGUUUAUCUGUUUGGAACGCGAAAGUCCUCUUCUGCACGUGUGUCAGGACUGGAUCAGACCCAGUAUAAUUUGAGGGGCGGGGGCGUGUUGUAUCUUCGCCGCCGAUUACAAUUUUUUUCCAAAUGAAAUGCAUCGGCAACGUUCUCCGAUUCGGGAAUUACGAUAUCCUUAGUGUUGACGUCGUUGUUUAUUCGAACUGGGAAUAUACGUCGUCGUGAUGAAAAAAUAACAACAACAACGCUUGGUAUUGAGGUGAAUUACAUUAGCACUCAUCAUCGUCGUCGUCGUCGUCGAGUUCAUGUGCUGCGCUACCCAAUCAUCAGUUAUUUCUUGAGUGGAUACUAAUGUUAGAAUAAGAACGACCCUGGAGAUAAUCAUGAAGAUAUGUAAAGAAAAACAACAUGAGACACUCGAUGAUAAAAAAAGCUGUAUCUUAUCAACUGUUAGCGGCUAUUUCUUUAGGUGCAGCUACCAAAUUACUAGUAGGCUUAUAUAAACGACACGGUCAGCGGCGAGAGGAGAUCGCAGCAGUAAUCCAGGUGUUGACUGAGGUCUUCGCGAUGGCUCGGCUGAAUCUUGCCUGCGUGGCUGCCUUAGUGCUGGUGUCAGUGGUGGCCGCUCUGUCAACCACCCCGCCCCUUGCAGGCGUGGGAGAGCGGCGGGUGCGGGCCGGGGAGCCGGUGGUGUACGUGGGCGCCGUGCUGGAGUACGAGGCGUACGACAAGUUGACGGAGGAAGGUGGGGAGGGCAUCACCCAGGAGAACGCCAGGAUCAUUGCUGAGUACGCCACUGAAGCCAAGGCCCAGGGCGUGGAUAUCCUGAUUGCCAGUGAAUACGGCAUCCAGAGUCUAGAAAUGCCCUCCAUGGAUAACGAGACUAUGUUUACGGUGACGCAGUAUGUCCCUGACCCUACACUGAAGGCUGUGCCAUGUGACCUGAACGGCGACGGGCUUAACUUCAAGGCGCUGAGAACCCUGAGCUGUGCCGCUCUAGCAAACCAGAUUUACCUCGUAGUGGACUUAGCUGAGGCGAGUCCCUGCAGCCCCGAGGCCGCCGCCCAGAACCCCUUCGACAACGCUCUGGAUACUGCCUAUGAAUGUCCCUCAAAUGGUCUAAUUUAUUAUAACACACAAGUCGUCUUCGACAGGAACGGCACCGCCACAGCAAGGUACCGCAAGCAGAACUUGUUCGUGGAGCCCCAAUUCAUGCCAGGGACCGAGAGCGACGAUACUGCACUGUUCAUGACCGAUUUUGGUGUGCUUUUUUCUCUACAGGUGUGCUUUGACAUCGAAUUCGAACACCCUGGACUGUUCAACGUUUUGAACCGCGGUGUGAAGGACGUGGCCAUGAGCACCGCCUGGGUAGACACCUUUCCUCUCUUUUCUGCUAUAUCCGUACAGAAUGGUUGGUCGCGACAGUUGGGCGUCAACCUGCUGGUUUCCGGCUACCACUUCCCCGAGAGAGCCAAGAUGGGCUCAGGAAUCUACCGAGGCUUCUCCGACUUGAAACACGACUACGUUUACGAUAAAGAGUCGGGUAACAGAAUGAUCGUGUCCGAGGUAGAGACCAUCGCUGCUGCCGACGGAGUGAUAAGGUCCAGAAAUAAGCAGAGCACACUUGACACUUUGGGUGGUAAAGGGUUGGCAAAGGACGAUGUUUCAGUAGAUGAACAGCCUCGAAGGUCCCACUUGAUAUUCUAUGAUGAUUUAAGUAACUAUUCACACGUAUCCCUUCCUCCGAAAGCUUCAGGUGAGCCUCAGGUGGUGGAGUUGUGUCACGGAGGUGAAAUCUGCUGCUCUCUCACCUACACCUCAACUUCCAACCUGAACUAUAGCUUAUUAGCCUACAGCGGCCUCUUAAUUAUAAACAAUGGACAGUUCAAUUUGUACAUCCAGGUGUGCAGCGUGGUGUGGUGUCAGACUGAUGACGUCAAUACUUGUUCUCACAUUAGUGAUGGACUUCCUCCAAAUGAUGAAUUCGGCCCAUUUACAAUUUCUGGAAAUUUCUCCUCCGAUCCCUUGUAUCCGACUGUCAUCACUCGUAAUCUUACUCUUAUUGGAAAUGAUCUUUAUUCUGUCACCGUUGAUGGAAACAUCCACACUCUUACGGUGCCGCAAGAAAGUCCGAACAUCAUGACAGCAGGAUUAGUGGCCCGAUGGUAUGAGCGAGAUCUUUCCAAACUCUCGAUUAAAACCUUCGAAAAUAGUUUUUACGAGUUUUUCAUUUCAUUUAUUUCGAGACUCUGGAAUCUCUUUUAACAUUCACGUCUAAAGUAUUGAGACACCCUCGUCUCAGAACACCAUAUACCUUAUGUUUAUCACAAGAACAUGAUAGGUAGACAAAUAAUUUGUGAGUUUUGAUUAGUAUAACCAAUAACCAACAAUAUAACCAAAAUACUAGUGUUCUUAGGUUAUAGCAACAUAUUGCCAACAAAGAAAUUCAGCGGUUAGCGACGCCUUUACAAUAAGAGAUCUAGAGUUGCUUCUCAAUACCUUCAUAUCCUUUGUAAGUGCAUCACAUUUCUGAAAUAAACCUACCACCAGUCUAAACAAAAA